UCGUGUUUUAUACAUAUUUACAGGUCACAUUUCAGAAAGAAAGCAUCUCUUCAACAGUUGGACCUCAGAAUGAACUCAAGCCAGGCUCAGAUAGUGGACAUCACUCCUCUUUGCUAUGAAUUUUUAAACGGGUCUUGUCCGAAAUUUGCCUACCCGCUGCUUUUGAGGGUGCCGCUCUACUUGUUCUUUACUUCAGUGGUGAUUUUGACAGUAUUUGGCAACCUUUUAGUCAUCCUAUCCAUCGUUCAUUUCAAACAGCUGCACAUGCCGACUAACUACCUCAUUCUGUCUCUAGCUGUGACUGACCUUCUGCUGGGCAGCUUUGUGAUGCCUCCUAGCAUGAUACGCUCUGUGGAGACUUGCUGGUAUUUGGGGAGCUUAUUCUGCAAAAUACACAGCAGUGUUGACGUCACAUUGUGCACCGCAUCCAUAUUAAAUUUAUGCUUCAUAUCUAUUGACAGAUACUAUGCUGUUUGUCAUCCUCUGCUGUAUCAGAGUAAAAUUACCCCCUUCGCCACUGCGGUCAUGAUUUCCAUCUGCUGGACUGUCUCGGCUGCAGUCGGCUUUGGAAUUAUAUUUCUUAAACUCAACAUUCUGGGCAUUGAAGACUUUUAUUAUGAAAAUAUUGUCUGUGAAGGAGGUUGUGUGCUGUUCCAAAGCGCAGCCUCGAGCACCGCCUCCUCUUUACUCUCCUUCUACUUGCCAGGCAUUGUGAUGCUCAGCAUAUACCUGAAAAUAUUCCGUGUUGCACGAAAACAAGCGAAAUCCAUUCAGGACUCAAAAAGCAAAAACAACUCGCAAUCAGUGUUGAGCAAAGAGGAAAGGAAGGCCACCAAAACUCUGGCAGUGAUUAUGGGGGUCUUCCUGUCUCUCUGGACGCCGUUUUUCAUCUGCAACGUCGUCGAUCCUUUUACCGGUUAUUCAAUUCCUCCAGUGUUGUUCGAUAUGCUUGUUUGGAUCGGAUACCUGAAUUCAACCUGUAACCCUAUUGUGUACGCUUUCUUCUACAGGUGGUUCAGGAAGGCUCUCAGGAUGGUUUUGUCUGGUAAAAUAUUUCAGCCAGGCUCUUCAAGAACCAAUCUGUUUUCACACUGAAAUUAACCCAUCUUCAGAAAAUGAAUGCACACACUCUAGAAAGCAAAUAAUGAAAAUAAUGAAAUAAAAAUGUGGCUUAUUGUAGAAGCAUGAGGUAUUUUGAUCCACAGUGAGAAUAUUUGCUGGGAUUUCACAAUAUUCAGCACUCAUUUUCACAGUGAAAUCCCGUAUUUAUCAUCUUAUUGUGAAAUCAACAGAUAGGUUCUGUAAAAAUAACACUGCAAAUUACUCUGAGGUUGAUGUUGAGCUGCACCUGGGCAGCAACUGAGAGUUAAAAAGGCAUAAUCAUUUUAAUGAAAGCGUUUAAAGUGUUUUCAUCUGCACAAUUUAGGUUUUGGUGUUUUAAUAACU